GCCCGGUGAGUUUUAUAGCAACUGUUGCCCUGUGAGGCAGCGCCAUAGUCACCGUAGUCCUGGCGACUGUAACCCACCAACAACAACAACCUCUCGUUCCAUCAUUACCACCACACCAUCCUCAUCCUCAUCAACCAGUCCUCAGCCCAGGCGCCAUGCAGACCCCUGAGGCAGGCGCUGAAUCCGCCUCCACUGUCCACACCGCUGUGCCUGUGCAGUCUGCAGGCUCCGCCCAGCAGGUGUCCUCUCAGGCCCAGACUGUUCAACAGGUUCAGCAUGUAUACCCAGCACAACAGGUGCAGUACGUGGAGGAGAACAGUGGCGUCUAUACCAACGGGAACAUACGGACAUACUCGUACUCCGAGCCCCAGCUGUACAGCCAGAACAGUGGAGGGAGCUACUUUGACACGCAGGGCAGCUCAUCCCAGGUGUCCACGGUGGUGUCAUCCCAUGGCAUGGCCAACAACGGAGGGGGGAACGGGGGGCUGACCAUGGGUAUGGCUGGGGGGCAGAUCAUCAGCAGCUCUGGGGCCUACCUCAUCGGGGGCAACACCAUGGAUAACUCUGCCCCCCACCCAGCAGCCCAGACCACCCGAGCCUCCCCGGCCACUGUGAGUAUUGAAAUGGCGAUUGAGACGCUCCAAAAGACUGAAGGUUUAUCCAGUCAGAGAAGCUCACUACUCAACAGCCAUCUGCAGUGGCUACUGGAUAACUAUGAGACAGCGGAGGGGGUGAGUCUGCCUCGCUCCACCCUCUAUAACCACUACCUGCGCCACUGCCAGGAGCAGAAGUUGGACCCGGUCAACGCUGCUUCCUUUGGCAAACUCAUCCGCUCCAUCUUCAUGGGGCUCCGCACGCGUCGCCUGGGCACACGAGGGAACUCGAAGUACCACUACUAUGGGAUCCGGUUGAAGCCGGACUCUCCUCUCAACAGACUGCAGGAGGACAUGCAGUACAUGGCCCUCAGACAGCAGCCUGUCCAACAGAAACAGAGGUUUAAGCCGAUGCAGAAGGUUGAUGGUGUAUCUGGGGAGAACUUCUCAGGCGGAGGCCAGCACACCCCCAGUGCAGCGGAGCAGACUGUCAUCGCACAGAGCCAGCACCACCAGCAGUACCUGGACACAUCUCGGGCCCUGCCAGACUUUGUGGAGCUGGACCUGGGAGAGACCAACGUGGACAACGUUGGCCCAGACGACAUCAAAGCUCUCCAGUCACUCUACAGAGAGCACUGUGAGGCCAUUCUGGAUGUGGUGGUCAACCUCCAGUUCAGUCUAAUAGAGAAGCUGUGGCAGACUUUCUGGCGCUAUUCUCCUUCUGACUCAGUGGAGGGCGCCACCAUCACAGAAAACAGUGGUGUGAGUGAGAUUGAGGGCCGUCUGCCCUGCUGCAGACUGCUGGUGCUCUGUAGGAACGAGGCUGUGCUCAAGUGGAUGAGUUCCUGUGACCACCUGAUGUACCAGGCCCUAGUGGAGAUCCUCAUCCCUGAUGUCCUCAGACCCAUCCCCAGUGCCUUGACUCAAGCCAUCCGCAACUUUGCCAAAAGCCUGGAAGGCUGGCUCAACAAUGCCAUGAACACCAUUCCACAGAGAAUGAUCCAGACCAAGGUUGCCGCUGUUAGUGCCUUUGCUCAGACGCUGCGUCGCUACACUAGUCUGAACCACCUGGCCCAGGCAGCACGCGCCGUGCUGCAGAACACCUCCCAGAUCAAUCAGAUGCUCAGCGACCUCAACCGCGUCGACUUCGCCAAUGUGCAGGAGCAGGCGUCGUGGGUGUGUCAAUGUGAGGAGGGUGUGGUUCAGAGGUUAGAGCAGGACUUCAAGGCCACCCUGCAGCAGCAGAGCUCUCUGGAGCAGUGGGCUGCCUGGCUGGACAACGUGGUCACCCAGGUCCUACAGCCCUUCGAGGACAGACCCAGCUUCCCCAGGGCGGCACGACAGUUCCUGCUCAAGUGGUCCUUCUACAGCUCCAUGGUGAUUCGGGACCUGACCCUGCGCAGCGCAGCCAGUUUUGGCUCGUUCCACCUGAUCCGCCUGCUCUACGACGAGUACAUGUUCUACCUGGUGGAACACCGCGUCGCCCAGGCAACCGGUCAGACACCUAUCAGUGUCAUGGGAGAAUUCGAUGACCUCAACGCCAUGUCACCUGCGAAUAUAGACAAAGACGAGGUGAGUGAGAUGGACAGUGACCUGGAGGAGGACAUGGAGGAGUCCGGGGAGCCGCUGGCCAAGCGGGAGAAGGCUGAGGUGGAACAUGAGCACCAGGUGAUCCAGGUGAUUCAGGUGGGGGCUCUGGAGGACGGCAGUAACCCCGUGGUGGGGGUGCUCCAGCCGGGCAUCCUGCACUCCCUGCCCCAGCCCCCCCAGAACCAUGCUGAGCACAUCCUCACCACCUCCGCCGCCACCACCACCAUCCGCCACUGCAGUGCCACCGGCAACACCUACGCCUCCGUCUGAGAGGGAGAUG